AUGGAGGCUCUGUUCCGGCGAUUCUCCUCCAUGGGCGAGGAGGCUAUGAGGGACAGGGCCUUCGACACAGCCAGGAUAGACGAGCUGGUGGCGCAAUUCGCUGCCGAGGCCCGCCGCUCCGGGGAGGCCAUGGAGGAGGAGCUCCGGAGAGCCACCGGCGGCGCCGCUGCGUUCCUGCGGGAGAUGGAGGGGGAGCUCAGCUCUCUGCUCGACGCUGCCGCAGGUGGCCACCGGCCGGCCGGUAGAGGUAGAAAGAAGAGGGUCUGA